AUGACGAAGUUUACCAUUGCAGGCCUGCUCGUGGGCCUCCUGACCCUGAAUGCCCUCGUUUCAUACAAGUCGGCGGAUGCAGCGUUGUGCAUGUGUCAUGUAAUGAGUUGCGUUUUGAUCAACGGGAACAGUUCCAUACUGAAAGACGCCGAGUUGUACUGCCCAGCGAUCAUGAAAACCAUCCACGAUAUCCUGGUCUUGCGCUUCAAUGAAACGACCCUUGCGGCGGACAUACUCGACGCGUACACCAACCUGACUUCGAUAGAGCUUUUGGAAGGAUCGAUUCAACGCAUCGAGCCAGGUGCAUUCGAGAAGCUGCCAAAUCUCAUCAAGAUAGACAUACGAAGGCAAAACAUUAGUACACUCGAAGACUACACCUUCCGCGGAUUGGGUGCGUUGGAGAUACUUGAUCUGUUCUCUAACAAUUUGACAAGCAUCGCACCGUUUGCUUUCGAUGGUCUCAAGAGCCUUAGCCGUCUCACACUGUCGGGCAAUAAGCUCACCCAGCUACCAGCAAAGCUUAUCAGCUCAUCGCCGAUGCUGAAAUCGAUCGCUUUAAGCCACAAUUUGCUCACAAGCCUUCCGGAGGGAUUUUUCGACAACAUCGAUUUUCUUCUCCGCUUGGACUUGACGAACAAUCGGCUGGAGACGUUUGACUUCCCCGACCUGAAGGUAAUGCUGCUGUUCCUGCGCAACAACUCACUCACCAGCCUUACGAUCGAAGAUCACGUAAGGUUUGUGCAGGCAAAUCAAAACCGUAUUCGAACGAUUACGGGCACCGGUCGGAAUGUAACCGAUCUGGUGCUAAACGACAACGCCAUCUCGGAUGUAACGGCGCUCUCGCACAUGACCAACCUGACCAAGCUAAGUCUCAGCAAUAACCCGCUGCGAUCGGAUAGUGUCUUUUCUUCAUUGCCAUACCUGCAAGAACUGCUGCUGAGCAACACCAGCAUCAAAAUAAGUGAAAACACGUUUGCCAACCUUAGCUCGAUGGUACUGUUGGAUCUUUCGUUCAACAAUCUGACGCAGCUGGACUUCCACAUGUUCUCUUCCAUGAACGAGCUCGAAACGCUGAUCGUAGCUUACAACCAAAUCCAGAUGAUUAACUUUAUCGAACUGCGAGAGUAUCUGCCAAAGCUACGUGUGCUGGAAAUCUGCGGCAAUGGUUGGAACUCGACGUACAUGGAGCACACGCUAAUGCACAUGCGCUACUACAAACUAAAGGCCGACGUGCAAGGGCUCUCGCAAUCUUUGCUCUUCCAGUCGUUUUACGUCGAUCUAUGCUCGGCAAAAUCGGAAACCUCUACCAAAGCAUCCGUGGAGGAUGCAGACUACUCCUCUGAAGAUGUUAGUGACAUACUGGAGCAGGAAUUUGCCGAGUUCUAUCCUUCAUCCUCUCCGGUCCCUAAUCAAGCUGGUUCGGAAGCGGGUAAACCUGUCCCGAUGUCUACCACGACCAUUCCGACGACGAUGAAGGAUGUGGCUGUGGAACCGAUGACUUCGGUUAGUGUGAACACAGCCGUCACUAUGCCCGCCGCGGAUCCAUCCGCUGUACCCGCUGAUCAGCAACCGGUGGUAGGAUCAUCUCCACUCUACGUCACCUUCCAGGUGCUAGUGUACACGUUCUCCGUUUUCGGUGUGGUGUGUCUCGUAGUGCUCGGGUACUAUGUGCGCCAACGACGUUUUGAUGUGCGCCGUUUAACUCCCGUCGAUUCGAGUGCUGACUCAGUACGGCUAAUGUAGAGAGAUACAUUUGCGAGCAG